GGUCGCCAACGUGUAAACCAGUGAAACAAAAUGACUACAUACACUGAUAAAGGAGAGAAACCUGAUAAAGGUCGUUUCAUUGGCUUCGGCCAUGUGACGUUUUGGGUUGGCAAUGCCAAACAAGCGGCCUCUUAUUACUGUACCAGGAUGGGCUUCGAGCCAUACGCCUACAUGGGUUUAGAGACUGGUAGUAGGAAGGUUGUCGCACAUGCAGUCAAACAGAAUGAGAUUGUGUUUGUCUUCCAAUCUCCCCUUGAGCCUAAUCAACCAGAGGAUAUGAAUAAACAUCUCGCAAUGCAUGGAGAUGGUGUGAAGGAUGUUGCCUUUGAAGUUGACGACUUGCAUGCAAUCUUUCAGCGCGCAAAAGAUCGUGGUGCAAAGACUGUGAAGGAACCAUGGGAAGAAUCGGAUGAGAAUGGAACAGUCGUUUUUGCCAUGAUUGAGACGUAUGGCGAUACGACACAUACGUUUAUCGACCGCAGAAAUUACAGUGGGUUGUUCCUGCCUGGAUACAAAGAACCAAUGUCCCAUGAUCCUCUCCUCAAACUACUCCCAAGCAUUGGCCUUCUGCAUAUUGACCAUCUUGUUGGAAACCAACCUGACAAUGAAAUGACAAAUGCGGCUGAUUGGUAUGAGAAAAAUCUUGUGUUCCAUCGGUUUUGGUCAGUAGAUGAUUCACAACUGCACACAGAAUAUUCUGCUCUGCGGUCGAUCGUUGUCACCAACUAUGAAGAAACCAUUAAGAUGCCUAUAAAUGAGCCUGCUCCUGGGCGAAGGAAAAGUCAAAUUCAGGAGUAUGUCGACUACUAUGGGAGUGCUGGUGUUCAGCACAUUGCCAUGAGGACAAAUAACAUUAUUGAAUCAAUUAUUAAACUCCGUGAGAGAGGCCAGCACUUCUUGCAAAUCCCCAAGAGGUACUACACCAACCUGAGAGAAAGAUUGAAAACGGCCAAAAUAACAGUUGAAGAAGAUUUGGACAUGAUCGAGAAACUGCAUAUCCUGAUAGACUUUGAUGAAAAUGGCUACCUGCUGCAGAUUUUCACAAAAAAUAUGCAAGAUCGUCCUACUCUUUUCUUGGAGGUUAUCCAAAGACGUAAUCAUCAGGGCUUCGGAGCUGGUAAUUUCAAAUCGUUGUUUGAAGCGAUUGAGGCAGAUCAGGCUGAGAGAGGAAACCUGUAGAUAGUACCUACAGAGGUGUGAUACCAAUAUUUUACAUGUAAAAUGCCAAGAAAUGCCACUGGUACUACUUUGCACCAAUGCAAUAAGCCAUGAAAUUUUGACAUGAUUAAAAGUUGGUGAAUUUGCUCAUUUUUACAAGGCGAUAGUCCGCAUGUCGCGUUUACAGCUGAAAUUUAAAUAUUAAUGCAUUGGAGUUGAAUUUUAGUGUUCGAAACAUUCCACCAGUUUGACUCUCUCUUUUUUGUGCACCAUUUGAAGGUUUGACCAGUGAUAAUAACAAUAAUAAUGAACAUAAUAUUCACACUUGAACGAGGGCGAUCCUUUUGCUCUUGUCUGUCAAUGCCCCUAUGGUUAUAUUUUUCUAUGAUUCAUUGAUCUCCUUGUACCAUCCCUUAUACACGUUAAAGAGGAUUUUAAGCUGACCAGCAUUUGAGCCUACUUGUACAUUUUAACACGACUGAGAAAAUGUAUCUGUUCGUAUACUUUUUAAAACUAGUCAUGUUGCAUUUAAAAAGAUAUUUCGUUGAUGCUAGUAAAUCCUCUUUCAUCUUGCCGAUGUUGUCAAGAAUUGUAUUGGAAAAUUGUCAAAGCCUUCCACUAAAAUAUUCUGUUAUUUCAGGUCCUUGCCUGAAGGGCGAUGAUUGGGUUAAGAUUUUACUGAGCGAUUUUCUUUGUGACAUGGGUGUGGAAGGGUUUCCAUCAUUCUUGAUAGAGCAUUACACAGUCAUGUAGCAUGAUAUAUUCUCUUGACUACCAACUCUUGCCAGAAUUUAUCAAUGAAAGUUUUCUGAAUAUUUAUGCCUUUUUAAUUUCACACCUCACAGGCAGCUUGGUGGUGGGAUUUCAAUGAAAGUUUUUCUGAAUGUUUAUGCCUAUUUAAUUUCACACCUAACAGGCAGCUAGGUGGUGGGAUUUCAAUGAAAGUUUUUCUGAAUGUUUAUGCCUUUUUAAUUUUACGCCUCACAGGCAGCUAGGUGGUGGGAUUAAAAUUGCAAGAUAAUGUUAGGUGAAAACUCUUGGUAAAAUGUGCAAAAAUAUCUGAAAGUUUGAACUGUUAUUGAAUAAAGAUUUACCAGAGACUGAUUAGGAUGCAAGAGAAGUCCACUGGAAAUUCUUUCAAAUGUUUAGUAAUAUUUCCGGCAAAAAUAUGUUAAUUCAAUAACAGUUCACUUGGUGUAAUACUGCGUAACACAGUUAUCCGAUUAUAGGCUAUUCCCAGGCAAAUUGUGGUAGAUCAUAGUUCUGGGCCCACAAGGGAAGAUCGUAUAACUACGACAUCACAGUAUAUGUAUUAUUGUGUGCCUUCAAAUGUAAUUUUCUGCACAGUUUGACUGUUGUGACUGUUGCAUGCUUUGGUUUAUAGGGGGACUAUAGGCAGAAGUUCAGGAGUGAAAUUGGUCAUUUUCAGGUGGCAAGUAUGCACAGUUCUGAGACUUAUGUCAUCUUUGAUUCAACAUUAAAUACAUUCCUCUCACAAGCAUAAAUGGUUUUGUUGUACUGUCUGAUAAGAAAGACCCCAAAUGGUUACUUUGUGUGCGAUAAUCUGACGUACCUCACUUCUGCUUAGAGACUCAUUUUGAAGGUGUACGCCGUUCGUAAUUACUGGUGGUCCAGGAAUAUACACGAUGCAUUUGGGCAGUUUUUAUGCAUAUGCUGUAACUUGGUAUUAAUGGUAUUUGUGUAUCUGUCUACAUGACGGCAAUGCUGUAAAUCAUACUUAGUAAAGGUUUUUAGAGUGCAGUUGAAUGGAUGAAAGUAUUGUCCUUUUAGAGUAUUAGAUUUUAUAAUAAUUGUGAGUUUAUUUUUUUCUUUCUGAUCAAAAUUGAUAGAUUGAUCAGUUUUUGGUUGUUACCAAAGAAAUUUCAUUUUACCAACCGGAGCAGAUUAGUGUUUAGAUCCUGUUCAUGUGAUUUGAAAUGGGUGACACUCAAUUCUGUUAUGUUCUACUUACAGUGAAUUUGAUGAAAUUAUGAUUCCAAUAGAUUAUUACGAGUUUAUUUUGGUUACUUCUGUACUUACUUUCCGACCAUGGAAGAUUCCUGAAGGAUACAAAUUGCAUUCAACGAACUGCUUAAUUAAUGCUUUUAUAGAUGUAUAUCAAACUGCAUGGAGUUUGAGACUUUUCCUGUCAGUGUACGGUCAUUAUAUUGUUUGAUUAUUGCUCAAUAAAUUUUAUGUGGA